CCUCCUUUUGCUUUUCCCCCCAGUUCCCAAACAAGGCCUUAGUUCAAAAAACAGGAACUGCUUUUUGAUAGCCGUGGUGAUUAGCACGAUAAUCAGAUUUCCAAACAAGGACUUUUGAACUUAUUAAUCAGAUUUCUUUCUUUCAAGUGUUGGAAUCGUCUCUGAACAAACCGCCGCCGCCCGAUGGACCGCCACCCACCGCCGUACCGCGGCCUUUUCGUGGGAAGAGAACCCUUGGUGCAAUGUGAAGAUAGAAUCAGCAACUUACCAAGCAACCUUAUUGGCCAAAUCCUCUCUUCUCUUCCCACAAAAACGGCAGUUGCGACAAGCGUCUUAUCAAAAAGAUGGAAGCAAUUCUGGACACUAGUCACCAGUCUAGAUUUCGAUGAUAAGUUGAUGCUUCAUUGUCGAAAGAGUAUCAGAGCUGCACUCCAAAUGAGUUUUGCAAGUUUCGUAGACAGAGUGCUCGAGAGAGUCUCGUGUGUGGAUAAGUUCCGUCUCAAAUGCUGCCAAAGUUAUGAUGUUUCACAUGCAAAUGCAUGGGUUGCUGCUCUCAUAAAAUAUCGUAUCAAAGAACUUGAUCUCUCCAUUCCAGUGAAGCACUCUACUGAUCAUGUGCUGCCUCGGCACCUUUUUUCUUGUAGAACACUGGUGGUAUUGAAAUUGGGUACCAAAUUUAUGCUCAAUGUACCAGCUUCGGUUUGCCUACCCAGUCUGAAAAUUCUCCAUCUUGAUAGUGUCAAAUUUUCAGAUGAUGACUCAGUCAAGAGGCUCCUCGUUGGCUGCCCCAUGCUUGAUGAACUGGGCAUGAAUGAAUGUGUUGGAAAAGAUGUAUGUGUUAUUCACAUUUGUGCACCUGUGCUCACAAAGUUGAGAUAUCGCAGAGAGAAGAAAAACUAUUUAUGGGGUACUGCUGAAGUUUCUGAGUACAAGAUUGUGAUUGAUACCCCAGCUCUUCUAUACCUGGAGCUGAUUGAUUAUGUAGCAGAUGUUUAUCUAGUAAAGAACCUAAGGAAUAUCGUUAAAGCUUAUAUUAGAAUUGCAGAGCAAUACGAUGAAACCAAUUCUAAAGCUAUAACUGAUCUUCUCAUGGGAAUAUCCGAAGUCCAAUGUCUACACUUGUACAAUGAUUGCACUGAGGCUGUUCAAAAGAUUGAUUCUGAGCUGCCAAUUUUUCAUAAUUUGACGUCCUUGGUACUUAGUGCGGGCUAUGUUGGAUGGGAAUGGUUGUCACAAUUGCUGGCGAAAUCGCCGUGUCUAGAAAGUCUUGUUUUUGAAGAGGGGUAUCAUAUCGAAUUCGAUCGAGAUGAAUAUGAUGAAGAAGACGACAACAAGGGAGACGACAAGCGCUUGCACUGGAAUCCACCUCAGAAUGUUCCUUCUUGUUUGCUAUUGAACCUCAAGGUAAUUAUGUUUGUGAACUUUCAAGGGGACAACGGAGAUCUGAAUAUGGUGGAGUAUUUUCUGAGGAACGCUGAAGUUCUGGAGAAGUUGAUAAUACAAACUAACGGUACUGUUGGCAAAUGCUUUGACAUGACUGCAGCGGCGUUUGCAGAACAUCAGUUGGAGGUUACCAUGAAACUUUUAAUGUUACCAAGAGGCUCGAAGACUUGUCAGAUUGAAUUUGUUAUUCUGCGUCACAACCUAGGUGGUAGCGUAUCGCCCUGUUAAAUAGGCCCGUUGCGUUUGGUUAUGUACUAGUUUUUGAUACCUACCCGUUUGGACUUAUGUUUCAGGGUUGGGAGUAAUAUACAGUUGACUGUUAGAACUAUAGCACUAAAUUAUUCUAAUUAUGAAUUAUAAUUGCACUGAAA